AUGAAUUAUAAUAAUAAUAAUAAUUACGAGGCAAACACUUGUCUGAACCUGAGUUUAUCAUCACCGAAUUACACUAUUAAUCAUCCGUUUGUUAACCUAACCCUAGUCGAAGGCGGCCCAUCGUCACCGCCACCAUCGAAUCAGAUGGAGACACGUGUCUUCUCGUGCAACUACUGCAAAAGGAAGUUUUACAGCUCACAAGCACUUGGUGGCCACCAAAACGCUCACAAGCUGGAGCGAACCCUAGCCAAGAAGAGCAGGGAAGCGGGUUCAAAUAAUCCGGGUCAGGGUUCUGUUCCGGGUCGGGUUAUCGGGCCGGAUCACCAUGCAGGUAGGUUUGGGAGAAGAGAUCACAUAGCUGCUGAUGAUCAGAAGCGCCAUGUUCAUCAAGAAGAGCUUGCCAAGCUUGACCUAUCUUUAAGGCUUUAA